GCCCUUCCACAAAUGUUAUCGAUUAGUUUUAGACGUGUAAUUAAGUCGUUACGAUGAAGGCCGUUCUGGCAUUAAUAAUUUCGUUGCUAAUUGGUACGGCUUCAGCCAGUCCGCUUUUGACCACUGCCCAGAGAGUUGCAAAGUACAAUUAUCCAGUGGAGACGCAUAAAGUUCAAACUUCCGAUGGCUACAUUCUCACCAUGUUUCGGAUUCCCUAUUCACCGAAGUUGAAGAAUCAAAAUGAACACAGACCAGUUGUGUUUUUGCAACAUGGACUUUUGAGUUCUUCGGAUUGCUUCAUUCUCAAUGGACCCAAUAAUGCAUUGGCAUAUCUUCUAGUCGACGCAGGCUAUGAUGUUUGGUUGGGAAAUAACCGUGGAAAUAUGUAUUCAAAGAAACAUGCCAAAAUUUCAAGCCUUUUACCGAGUUUCUGGGAUUUCACUUGGAAUGAAAUUGCUCUAAUGGAUUUACCAGCAAUGAUUGACUAUGUGCUGUUUCACACUAACGAAAAAGCUCUUCAUUACGUUGGUCACUCACAAGGCACAACAAUAUUUUUCGUCCUCAUGUCCGAAAUGCCUGAAUAUAAUGCUAAGAUCAAGACCUCUCAUAUGCUAGCUCCAGUUGUGUAUAUGAAUCAUAUGACAAGUCCAAUGGCCAAAAUUAUGGGACCAAUGCUAGGCUGGUCGAGUACACUGAUUAAAAUGAUGAUGGGAAAUACCGAAUUUAUGCCAAACAAAAAACUCAUUUCAAUGUUGGGCUCACAAGCUUGUAAAGAUUCAUCAAUUUUGCAGUCAAUGUGUGGGAAUGUUUUAUUCCUUAUGGCUGGUUGGAAUUCAAAACAUUUAAACACAACUUUGCUACAAGGAGUUGUGGAAACUCAUCCAGCUGGCUCAUCUACUGGUCAAUUUAUACACUAUUUACAAGAAUAUCAAUCUGGAAAGUGGAGAAAAUAUGAUUACGGGAAAUUGAUGAACUUUUGGAAAUAUAGCCAAUGGUCGCCACCAAAUUAUAAUGAAAAAAAUAUCAUUGCACCAGUUCGAUUGUAUUACAGUGAUAAUGAUUAUUUUGCUUCGGUGAUUGAUGUUCAAAAAUUGAUACGAGUGUUACCAAAUUGUGUGGAGAGUUUUCAUGUUCCAUAUCCGAAAUUCAAUCAUUUGGACUUUUUGUGGGCAAUGGAAGUGAAACCGUUGUUAUAUGACAGGAUUUUAAAUGUUACCAAUCGUUUUGAAAGAACUGGCAAACAGUAAAUUUAACAAAUUUUUAAAAAGAUGUGAUUUUUUGUU